UGUGGUUGGGCUCGCGUUGUGGAUUGGCAUCCGUUUAUUGUGUAGCUUCCAUUCUUAAACCACGCGCGCACCAGCAACCACAAGCACCAACUUGUUCCAUCCGUUUCACUUCCCCUUCAUCUCAACGCUAUCUCUCAAUGAUUUCAGUGCCAGGCCGUGAGGUCCUGCAGGCAAUGAAGCGAGUCGAUAUUCAGAAGUUGUGCAAAGAAUACGGUGUAAGAGCCAACCUCAAGACAGAAGCUUUGAUAGACCUUCUGCUUGAUACAUCCCAACCCCAACCUUCCCGAAGCACUCUGCCGCAGCCGCCUCAACGAUCUACAUCUGUCAGAAUAAUAAGUCAACCCGGUGCUAGACCUCGUGGUCGCUCUAAUGGAUCUGUAAUCAUCCAUGAUACAGACGAAGAAGAAGGUGAAGAAGCUAUCGGAGAAAUAGAAGUGAAACAGCAGCCGAAAGAACACAAACCUCCGCCGGCCCCUGUUGGCCCCACCCCGAGAACCCGCAAAGCCAAAGAUACUCAAUAUCGUCUUGGUGUUGGUCGACCAAUCAUUGCUGGAGGUAGCGGCGCCCGUGCUGUAACUAAAUCUGUCAGUGGCUCACGAGGGAGCAAGAAGACGAAGAACAUGAAAAAUGUCAAGCCUUCAGAAGACCCCAUCGCUGAAGAGCUAGAGCUAAUCCCCGCCGCAACAUCAUCAGAACAAACAGAACUGAGCGAUUCUUUGCCAGUGCCCCAAUCACACUCCAUACCGCUAGAAACGCAUCCCGCAAGCAUAACAGAGCCUUCCUACUCACAGAUAGUUGAGAACGCUGUGGCUGCAGCUCUUGCUCCAGUACAAAAGGAACUGGAGGAUCAGAAAGCUCAGUUAUCUGACUUAAGAGACAAAGUCUCGGACAUUAUAGAGACAUUCGAAACACGAAUUUUGGGCCUCGUGGCGGAAAUUGAAGGCCUGCGUGCACGAGCAUCUGGACAUUGUGCUGCUGAAAUUCAAAAGCCCAAAGAGACUCCCCAUCGGAUACCAAAUCCUCCAUCAACCCCUAAACGCGUACGCAGUCCAGUCGAUCCUCUUAGUGAUGCUUUGCCAGAGUCAUCGGCAACGUCUAGCGAUUCUUCGAAUCCAAAUGGCUUAAUCAGUCAUCAAGAGCGAGAGACAGAUAACCCGAAUCAGGGGGUGUCGCUUCUUCCUGGCUUUCGCACCACUCUUGGGAAACGCCUUCGAGAUUCUACUGCCAGUAAUACUACUGCGUUUUUUGAGCUUGGACAGGAGGAACAGCUUUCUGAAGCUGAGAUUGCGAAAAGGAUUGCUCGUCCCGCUCACAAGCGAGCGAAAUUAAGUUCCUCUGCCAUUACGGAGGAUGCAGAUGACUGUUCAGGUCCAUCAUCAGGUGCACAGGGAAGUCAAGAUACCAUUUCUGGCCCCUCACAAUCCUCCGCAAGACCUGGUUUCCCCAUAUUUGGUGAUCCUGAUUACGUAGAGAUGCCUCCACCCACAGAAAGCCUCCUUGAUUUCUUCGUGCCACCUUCACCUCCAUUGAUGAGCGUGUCUACGACUAUGGGAGCGCCUCUGGAUGCUUUCCGUUUUGGUUGUCUGCCUACAUCCACACCAGCUCGUUUCACUUUCCCCACUGCAAUGGGAACCUUCCCGCAUCCAGAACCCCCAACAUCCCCAUCCCCAGCAAAUAACGUGGAUCGACCACGUAGUCGUCAAUCAGAGCAGGUCGGAAUUUUCGGACAUCGCCGCGGUAGUUCUGGAACGACCGGCAGGAGUAGGUCAAGGGGACCGACGGGUGGACAAGAAAGUGGUCUAAAUCCCUCGAUGUGGGCCGGUGGUAUGCAGAGACAGCCGUCGAGCAAUGAGGUAGCUUCGGGCUUGGGACUAACUGUACUGCGCACGGCGGCGACGGAAGAGGGCACUCCAGUACCUCCCGCACGUCGUACCAUGUACGGGACCGAGUUAGAAGGGGAUACUCGGUUUGGUGAUUUUGGUGUUGAGGGUGUAGCGACUGGCUUUUGGGCUGGAGGCAGGCGCUAAUAGUCUCUCGUUGGACCCUUAUUUUGCUUCUACUGUCGUUUCGACUAUCUACCUUUUAUCCUAAUAUACUUGAUUAUCAUUCGUACACACACUGCUGUCUCAGUAGAUCCGAUGUAUUUUUGCAUUUUCCUAUAUUGUUACUUUGCUCCGUUCUCCAUUCUAUCGUGCAGAUGAGAUUACAAGUAUAUAGUGAUGAUGUCGAAACCAGUGCGACAGUAAAUAAAUAAAUCAGUGAAAUAAAUCCCGCAGUGUGGUGUUGAGUUCAGGCUAAUAAUAUAUGGCGGAGACCUGUGCAGUUGCUAGGAGUCGAAUGAUGGAUAUCAUAGUUUAGAUCGCCGGGACGAAGGACAUGAUUUCGUCGUAUAGAAGUUCUGCAGACAGUUGAAGAGACCAGCUAUUGAAAGGACUGGAGUCACGUACCUUUCAGUUCCGUUUUCGUGAGG